CUGACGCCGCUAUAAGAAGGGGGAGAGAUGGGCAGGAAAUAGGUGGAACAGUAACAAUUCGCCGCUCCUCUCAGGCUUCUCCUCACUCCCCUUCCCCUUCUUGCAUGCCGAUCGCCUCCAAGCUCCUCUACUUCCAGCACCGCCCCACGCCGGCGCCGCCGGACCCAGGACCCUCGCCGCCGGACCCUCGCCGCCGGGCGGGCCGCGACCCCUCCGGCCGCCAACGCCGCCGCAGCUCCCUCCCCUCCCACCACAAGCCGGGCCAGGAACCUGUUCUAGGGAGCCAAAGAGACGUUACCAACUCUCUCGGAACAGCUGUAAACAUAGCAGAGCACGCAGCGGCGAUAUCCUCCAGCGCAAGACUAAACCGCAGCGCAUCGGACAAUGGCCGUCUUCCUGACGCUGUUCAGCAGGCCAGGGAAAGGCUCCUCCAGCGGCUCAACAGCGUGGACUUAUCAGGAAGAAGCAGGCAAAAGACAUGCACAUCGGAGACCAUCUGGGCUGGAGCUGGAUUAGGAUCAGCUCGCAGCCCUGCUGACUUCUCCUCUGACUGCAUACUGGGCACACUAACCAACUGCUUCCAGCCUGGUGACUGUGACUCCGUCGCGGCCAGCAAGGUUGAAGAAGGCGGCACGGCGGAGCCUGACGCCAUUAAUGCGGAUGAGCGUGCGCCCAUCACGGUGUUGCUCUCCGAAGGCCAACCCGUCGUCCCUGAGCUUGAACGCUCAGCAUGCAGCGGAGGCGCAGAGGAAGAAAAAUGUGACGGCCGUGGUUGCGAAGCUCCAGCGGAGUGUUCCAUAUGCCUGGAGCGGUGCGGCGGCGCCGGUGGCGGCAGCGAUGGGCUCACCCAGCUGCGCUGCCGGCACGUGUUCCACUCGGCGUGCCUGGAGCGGUGGCUGCGGUCCCGCGGCGACUGCCCAUACUGCCGGGCCGCCGUGCUCCGCUCCUAACAGAGACUGCAGAAACUGAAUGAGGAUGACCACAUAAUCAAACGGCGCAGAUUACAGAUUACUGAACCUCCCCUCUUGAGACUUAACCAUGUCGCUGCUUAGUGCUUACCCCUUGUACUGUUAUACUAUAGUAUGUUACCCGUUGAGUUUCGAUGAGACUGAACUCUGCUUCUGUGCGGCUUCAGUGAUUAGUAACUUUUUUUUAUGCGUGCCAUGUCUUGUUUACGCACUGCACUGGUCACUUUGCGUCUGUGCAUGGCAUGAGAGGAGAAAUAAGGUGGCUGGUGUUGCAUCAUCA